UCCUAGACUGACUACAAUGGCGUGUUGGGAACCAACUGGCAGCUGCUAAACGUUCACCUGCCAACUAAUAAGAGAAACAUUCUUCUAACCGUGUCAUUUGAAAAUAUUCAAAGUAAACGUUACAUUUUAGGAGACGAUCGAGAGAGAGAGGUUUUAACAGACGACACUGGAGUGGAAGGAAGGACAGCUGCGAGGGUUGGAAAUGGCGUGCUAACGGUUAGCCGAGUUGCUAACAUCUCACCGGUUGAAAGUGCUGCUAAAAGCACAUAUGAUCUGUAUUGGACACAGGAAGUCUGUGUCCUUUUGUGGGAUGUUAGUCAAGUCGCAGCGCUAAACGACGAGCACAAUGGAAGAGAUAAAGACGGAACCCGUGGAUUUUGUGAGGGAAUUCCAGGAGUACCUGACACAGCAAACGCAGCACGUCAACAUGAUCUCGGGCUCUAUUUGUGAGGAAAAGGACCCAGUGGCCCCGAGGAGUGAGCACAAUGGUCUGGACCCCCCGUCCGUGGAGGUGAGCCUGCCCGUGGAGGAAGGGUCGGACGUGCAAAUGGACGGCCUGGAGAGGACGUGCGAUGGCAAAUACAAGUGCAGCUUCUGCAGCUACGCCAACAAGGGCAUGGCUCGCUUGAUAGAGCACAUUCGCAUCCAUACAGGAGAAAAGCCACACCGCUGCCAGCUGUGCCCGUUCGCCUCGGCGUAUGAGCGCCACCUGGAGGCCCACAUGCGCUCACACACGGGCGAGAAACCGUACAAGUGCGACCUGUGCGCCUUCCGCUGCAGCGACCGCAGCAACCUGUCGCACCACCGCCGCCGGCGCCACAAGCAGCUGCCCCCCCGGGUGGCGCGCCCGCCCUUCGUCGGCAAGCGAGGCCUGGCCACCCUGCAGAAGCGGAGCGGCUCGCUGGGCUUUAGCAGACGCCUGCUCAUCAAUUUCACCCCGCCGCCCCCGCCCAAAUCGGACUACGCCAACGAUGUGCUUCACAAGCAUCACCACCAUUUGAACAUGACUGAGCACAGGAACCCUCCCAGGCUGCUGCAGAGUGACUUCAACAGAGGAGCGAACGCUUUCAACAACCCGCUGGAGCAGCUGGCUUCGCUGCAGCCGGCCGACCUCCACUCCGAGCCCUCUCACGUUACCCCGAACAGUGACGAAAAGCCCAUAGUGAUACAGGAAGUCACGGGCGCGCGAGCCACGUCAUGUUCCAACGGCGUGCAGACUUUGACGCCUAAAACAGAAAACACCGCUUCGGACCACAGGAGCUCUGCGUCCGGACUCGGGUCGGACGCCCACGCCGAGGCUUUGUGCGCGAGCAGCAGCCGGCCCGGCACGCCCCUCGCCGCCACGCCGGAAUGCGACGAGCCGCAGCGUUGCCCGCACUGCGACAUCCACUUUCCCGACAACGUCCUGUACACCAUCCACAUGGGAUGCCACGUCUACGAGCACCCCUUCCGCUGCAACGUCUGCGGCCACACGUGCACAGACAAGUACGACUUUGCCUGCCAUUUUGCUCAAGGGCAGCACAGGAAGUGACUCUUUGACUGUCUUUGGGAAUGACUCCCAAUCCACAAUGCGCCACUCACAAAAACGUAGGGAUAUUGGACUUUUGGGUGAAAUUUCAUUCAUAAAAUGCACCAGUAUGGUGCCUUGAGAUAGGAGUUUAUUUUGUUCCAUGACCACACUCGUAAUUUAGAAGACUGAAUCUCAAAUAAUCUUUCCCCAUUGAAAUGAAUGAAUGAAUGAAUAGAAGUAGGAAAUAAUACGUUAAGUGCCCCUGGUAACCAUUUUGUAUUGAUUUACAGGAAUGUAGUUUUACAUAGGCAGCUACACAUGAAACAAAACAUAAAUUAACAGUAUUUUACAUAUUGUUUUUAUAUCUCGGCUAAAUUAGCUGGACACACUAAUUGUGCCUGUAUUUUAUUUUUUUGAAUCAUGUAUAAACUGUAAAUUGUACGACUUUUUGAUUACGUAUGCUUGUUUUGAAACUGAAACAGUAUAAAGAUGACAUUUUUAAUUUACCGGUAAAUUACCGCUUUGAGUUCGUAGCUUGUGUGUUUUGGAAACAUUUUCAAGUCUUACACCAUAAUUUAAUUCCCAAUAUAUACAAUUUAGAUGAUGUAAAUAAAAAGUCUUUUAAUACAUGAAUGAUACCAUUUGUGGUUGGAGCAUAAAUAGUUGAGGUUUCUCCACGCCAAACACAGAUUAGUGCUGACCUAACUAAGCCUUGUUGCAUUAACUGGUGAAGCCUGCUCGGAUGAGACUGAACCGUCUUCUAAGACAACAAGAACAAUCCAGUGGCGAUUGUUUCAAUGCCCUGAGAAUGAAAUGACCUGGAUGAAUGAGAAUGUUCACAGGCACGCUUUAAUACAAUAAAGGCAUUUUUCAACAA